AUGAAGGCUUUUCAGACGGUUUGCAGGCAGCUCAGAAGUUCAAAGGGGUUCUGUGUAGAACCAGUCCACUGUGUUAGUUUCUCCACUUCUUAUUCAUGUGGCUGGAAGAAAAAAGUGAAUGCUUAUGAAAAAGUAGACCAAGAAAAAUAUUCUGAUUUAGUACAGUCUGUCUUGUCAUUCAGAAACCAUGCUCAGACCCCAGAAUCACUGUUUGAGGAAGAUGCUUCUCUUUAUGGACCUGUGAGUAAGUGUAAGCCCCCAAAGCAAGAUGAUGAAACAAGGGCUCCACGAAACUGGUUUCCUCUCUUCAAUCCAGAGAAAAGAGUAAAAUCAAAUACGUCAAGUGACUUUUCAAUUCCUUUGAAAAUCCCUUUGAAAAGGAGUAUGAUACCAAGUGUGACACGAGUGCUACAACAGACCAUGACAUCAGAACAGAUCUUCUAUUUGGAGAGGUGGAAACAGCGGAUGAUUCGAGAACUGGGAGAAGAUGGUUUUGCAGAAUAUACUUCAAACACAUUUUUACAAGGGAACCGGUUCCAUGAAGCCUUGGAAAGCAUACUUUCACCCCAGGGCAGUUCAAAAGAGAAAGAUGAGAAUCUGGAAUCCGGCUACAUUGAAAGUGUCCAACAUGUUCUGAAAGAUAUCAGUGGAGUACAAGUUCUUGAAAGUGCUGUUCAACAUGAAACACUAAAAUAUGUGGGUCUUCUGGACUGCGUGGCUGAGUAUCAGGGCAAGCUGUGUGUGAUUGACUGGAAGACAUCGGAGAAACCAAAGCCUUUCAUCCGAAAUACAUUUGACAACCCCCUACAAGUUGUGGCGUACAUUGGUGCAAUAAACCAUGAUGCCAACUAUAGCUUUCAGGUUGAGUGUGGCUUAAUUGUGGUGGCCUACAAAGAUGGGUCUCCAGCCCACCCACACUUCAUGGACACGGAGCUCUGUUCUCAGUACUGGUCCAAGUGGCUUCUUCGAUUGGAAGAAUAUACAAAGAAGCAAAAGAACCAGAAUAUUCAGAAACCAGAUUAG